AUGCCAGCGUUUCCACUGGAGGAGCUGCUGGCCAGGCCGAAGAGCAAACCCAAAGGCUGCAGCAGAUUGCCGAAUCUAAUGGACAUUAAAUUUCACAAUAAUUAUUGGCAAGCGGCGCAGGCAGAGAAUUUAACUUAUUAUAUAUACGGCGCUUAUUAUGAUAAUAGAGCAACGGUGGAGGAGGCGCCACUGGUGCGCAUCCUGACCAUGAGCAGUCGCUAUGGCAAACGCAACGAAGUGAAAUUUCCGCAAGUUUAUUGCCAGCUUUGGUAUGAAAAUCAAACUGAGCCGCUGCUAGUGAAUGUGACCGAUCAUAAGAUCAUAUGGAUAUUUGGUGGUGCACCCAAGCGUGUGUAUCCAACGCUACUAAGCUGCGCGCUGCCCCAGCAGCAGCAGCAAGUGCCUGAAAUGGUUUCAUUGGUUGCUACGCGUUGCGAGCUGGCAACAAAUUUGCUGCGUGUUGUGUAUGAGCCGCGUAAGUGGGUAGAGCCUGCAACUAAGCCACGUUUUAUGGUUUGCGUUAAGGCGCUUAACUAUCCCUACAGCGAUCUUAGCUGGCGACUGAUUGAAUGGCUGGAGCUGUUGCGUCUGCUGGGCGCCGACAAAGUUGUUUUCUAUGAAGCGCAAAUGCACGCAAAUAUGUCAAAGGUCAUUGAACACUAUAGCCAGCAAGCUGGCUAUGUGGAGCUGCGUCCGCUGUCGCUGGGACGUGGUGAGCCGCAUGCUGCGCCCAAUUUUCAUUACUGGGCCAUGAGCGCCGACGGCUUCAAUCGUCGUUUGAACGAAAUGAUUCCCUACAACGAUUGCUUCUAUCGCAAUAUGUACAACUAUGACUAUAUAGGCGUCUUCGAUAUCGAUGAGAUUAUAAUGCCGCUGGGCAAUUUGACCAGCUGGUCGCAGCUCAUCGACGUGGCACAGCGCGCGCCCGACUAUCAACGCGAAUCUUCGCGCUGCCAGCACUGGGCAAGUUUUUGCUUUCGCAACGUUUACUUUCCCAGCUAUGCGGAGCGUGCGCCUGUCUAUCCCACGCUGCCCAGCUACUACUAUAUGCUGCAGCAUGUGGAGCGUUCGCCGGAGCAUUGCAAUCGGUAUGCGGCAGUCAAGUGUCUGCACUCCACGCGCUACGUCGAGGCGCUGCACAAUCAUUUUCCGCUCUUCUUUAGGCGCAAGCACAGCUGCGAUCCCAAGUCCGUGCCCAUUCAGUACGCCCAGAUGCAGCAUUAUCGCGAGCCCACCAACAAGACGCGUCUGCUCAAUCCCAUACGCGACGACAACAUUUGGCGAUUCCAGCCGCAGCUGCAGCAGCGUGUGCAUGACACGUAUAAACAGCUCGGCUUUCUGCCCAAUGAGCUCUAA